AUGUUUCCGACUUCCCCCCCAAAUCUCACAGUCACCAUCACACUCCCACCUUCAACUCCGGCCUCCGCACCAACCCCGAACAUCCUCCUCCUACUCCAUGGCAUUGGCGAUUCAGCAGCAGGCUUCACCUCCUUUGGCCGCGCCAUAAAUCUCCCCGAAACAACCGUACUCGCCGUCCAAGCUCCAGCCCCGCUCCCCUUCGACCUGGGCGGCUUCCACUGGGGCGAUGAUGUUUCCUUCGAUAGCCGAACCGGCACGCUAGACAUGGACGCAGGAUUUACGCGAAGCACAUCUCUCCUCGCAAAUGAAGUUAUCCGGCAGACACUCGUGCAAAAAUGUGGCUACCAACUACGCGAGAUCAUGAUACUGGGCUUUGGUCAAGGUGGGAUGGCAGGUCUCGCCGCGGCGCGCGAGCUAGGCAGUACAGGCACAGAUGGUAAAGCAAGCGGAGCCCUUUCGGGUGUGAUUUCUAUCGGCGCGCCGUAUGCAUUGUCAGGCGCGCGGUCUGGCGCGAAGAAUCGCUCGCCGGUGCUGUUGGUUGCUGGGCGGGAUUCGGAGGUUGUGUCGGAUGGGGCGGUGCGGAGGACGAAGGAGGUGUUUGAGUUUGUGGAGGUUAGCCGGUAUGCAAGGAGGGGUGAUGGGAUGCCUUCGAAUCGGGAUGAGAUGCUUCCUGUGAUGCAGUUCUUUGCGAGGAGCUUGCGUAGUCAACAGGGUGUGCCAAAGGGGAGUGUUGAGAUUGGCUGA